CCCUGCUCUCAGCUUUGUAGUUGCGAAAUUGUUUUGUUUUGGGAAGAAUCCUUUUGUCAAACAAUUUUGUUAUGAAGUCUGGAACAAACUUUUCAUUUUCUUUCAAUUGUGCUAUUAAUGUUACAUACAUCAUGGAACAAUGAAAAACCGAACGAAAGAUAUGAAACAGUAUUGCGCCGAACCGGAAAUCGAUCCAUUCGAAUCGUUCUACUGGGCCUCCGAUGUAUAUGGUGACUACAUGGCUUCCUGUAAAGUUCCAGAAAUUGAAGAACACUCGAAUGAUCCAGGGGAUUUGCUAGAAACAAUCGAUAACAUCGAUUUACCGGCUCACCGGUUAACGAAUCGGGUUCGUUGUCAGUAUUUGAAUUUUCUCAAGAAGUUGUUGGAGAACAAUUUCGAAGCAUGGUCCAAUACAGUGGCGAAAUUCGAGGCAGUAACGUUCACUCCUGAUGAAGUAGAAAAAUGUGCCGAAAUCAUCGAAAUGAAAGCGGUACAAAGUUGCAUGAUUGUUUCUCUGUAUCGCACCUAUAUUCUCAAAGUGAUUUCACAAAUUCGCAAGGAAACGAGAGAAUCAAAUCUCUUUUCAAGUUUGAAGGGCAUGAAGUUUAUGCCCAAGUUAUUCAAAAAAGAGACCUGUGAUGUAUCAGUUCAAACAGAACCUAACAAUUUGAUGGUUUCACUAAAUGGAAACGAACCUGUCUUGAAUAUAGAGUCCCCAUUGCCGGAUGUUCCUGUUAUGUCGUUAGACGAAAAAAUACGUAACUUUGAGAAAAAAGUACAAAUUUCUAAAUCGCAUAGACAAAGCAGAGGAAAAUCUAGGAAAAUCUCUAAACUUAUUGAGCGUAAACGGUCACGCAGUAGAGGGCAAAUUCGUCCGAACGAAAAUCAUCCUCGUUCUAAUCAGUUCCUCCAAGACGAAACGCAGCAAAUGGCUCCAGUGUCAUCAAAUGCCGCGAAGCUAUUCGACAUGAGGAACUCAACAAAACCAAAUGAUUCAGCAGAUGAUAAAAUCAUGCGUGAACUAGAAGCUAUGUUCGAAACAAAUGAAACUGAUAAUAUUUUCGAUUCGUGUGAGAAUCAUGUUCAAAUUAAUGCAAUUAUAAACGAAAUAGAAAGGUUUGAUCCACCUAAACAUGGUGAACAGCAAGAGAUUAUCAGCAGUAAUCAGCAUUCGGUUUUGGAUGUCGAACAAAUCAACAUAACAAACAUCUUAUGUGAUGUCGAUGUAACCAAUAAAAAUGCCACUGAAAAACAAGUUGACUUGAGGAAAAGUCUUUGGCCUUGUGAAUUUCACAUGCAAAAAAUGAAAUUACGUGAAUUGCUGACUAAUAUCGCGGAGAAGGACUUUCCAAAAUAUGAACGUAUUCGAGCGAGGUUUCUGGUAUUGUUUGGCGGAGACGAAGCAGAGGACGAUGAACUCCUAGGUCCUUACAGUCCAUCAAUUGAUCUGGAUGAAGUUCUGAUUUCUAGCUGUCGACAGCGAAUCGCGAAAUGGGUGGUGAAAUCAUUAAUGCAACCACUUGACGACGGUAUGAUAGGAAACAAAUUCAUUUUCAAGAAGCUAGCCAAGCAUCUGGCUGACAGCAUCAUUUACUUGAACCAAUACCCCGAUCAACGCUUCAUUCGAAAAUACAUCGCAGAAUAUUUCUGUUCGCAUCCUUCAGUUUUAUCCGUUGAGGAUAUGUAAUGAAAAUAUGUAAUAUUUACAGUUCCCUCAUUUGAAUACUUGUAUUAUACAACUGCAAAUAAUUAGGUUAUCUUACACUUUGUUACAUUCGUGUAGCUAGAACUAGAACUGAUAGCCAGAACUGCAUAUAAUGUGAGUGCUAAAACUUAUAACUAAUGAACAAUGUUUGAACUAAUGAAUUUUUGUUUGCCACUGAAAUAAUAGAUCUCUAGACUCAUGUGCACCAUAUCAACUUCCGAUUGAAAUUAAUUCAACAUUUUUGAUUGGAACUUCAAAGUUUAAACUGAACGCCUGAACGAGAAGAGUGCAAUUAUAAUGUUAACUGAGAAGUUUUGGUAGUUUUCAUGAGAUGUAAUGGACUGAUUAUUUUAUUUUAUUUGUUUUAUCUGUAACAAUCAGCAUUCAGUUAGCACGCCAGACAUAAAAUGUUUUAACCUUCAACAUUACUAACAUGAAUUGUUUAUGACAAAUGUUUGUAACCACUUGUAUCCUUCGAUAUUUAGUGAUAAAAGCAAUUCUAAACCAAUAAUCCCCUUUCCCUUCAUUUGCACUUGACACCAUUUUUUUUUCCACACAACAAUAUAAACAAAGAUUUUUUUGUAAUAAUCUAUAAAUUUCAUACUUAGAAGACUUUUUCUUAUUGGAUCGAGUUUUGGAUUUGAAAACUAAUUGAACAGAAAAAUUAAAAAUUUAUUGAACAACA